CAACGCGAGUGGAAAAAUACAAAAAAUAUAAAUAUUAAAGCGCGAGUGGAGUGGAGAUGAAUUUAAGUGAGAGAAGAGAGCAAACUAUAAAGCAAAUCAGUGUGAAAGGUUAACAAUGGCAUUGUCUCUCUAAUUACGAGUAUCCUAUGCCGAGGAGCCAAUAAAAAGGAUUCACUCCCCAAAGGAUUCAUUCGAACAAAAAUAGAACAAAAGAGAAGGUGGAAAACUUUUUUUUCCAUCUCCAUUCAUUCGGUAAAAAGAAGGAACAACUUUUACCUUUCGCCCACUCUUGUGUGUGUAUGUGUGUGUGUUGAUUUAUGUGUUUUUUCCUUGUUCCGCGCCAAGACCAAAGGACAUUUUGCCUUCCUGAUUUGUGUAUGUAGAAAAGAUCUCGGGCGAGGAAGAAGUGCAGCCCUGUCCACUAUCCAGGAUGUCGUUCAAGCUGUUCCGACGCGGCUCCGCUCGAUGCAUUGGCCUGCUGUCGGCCUUCGUGACGAUCCUGCUCUGCCUCUACUACAUCUCCAUUGGCCAGCCCAAUCCGACGCCCAGCUCCGAGGCGGGCUCCCCCACAGCGGCGGGACUACAGCGUGGACUAGGACCAGCGGCAGGCAUCACAGGAUUCAGUGUGCAGCAGCAGCAGCUGCAGCAGAAGAAGAUUCAUGCAGCGGCCAUCGUCUCGAACCAGAAGAGAUCCUCCGAGCAGCGGGCGGAGGAGGUAACAGCAGUAGAGCAGGAGGCAGUAGAGCCCGACGACACAAAUGUGGAAUAUGCCAGGAGCAGCUGGGGCGACAAGUGCUACGUCCUGCUCCAGAGUGACACAAACAUAACGGCCAACGAGGAGCACAGCAGAUUCGAUUUUCAGCCCGAAUGGAUGCGAUCGAAGGAGUACUGGGAUCGUGGCUUUGAGGAGCGUUUCGAUGCCCAGAAGAAGGAGAAGCAGCGUCCCCCGCUGAAGAUCAUCGUGGUGCCGCACUCGCACAACGAUCCCGGCUGGCUGAAGACCUUCACCAACUACUUCCAGUCGGACUCGCGGCAGAUCCUCAACCUGCUGGUGACCAAGAUGCAGGAGUACAAGGACAUGACGUUCAUCUGGUCCGAGAUCUCGUUUCUGCAGCUGUGGUGGGACCAGGCACAUCCCACCAAGCAGCGAGCGCUGCGGCGUCUCGUGGACUCUGGCCGCAUCGAGAUCACCACCGGCGGCUGGGUGAUGACGGACGAGGCGAACGUUCACAUCUAUCCGAUGCUCGACCAGCUGAUCGAGGGCCACCAGUGGCUGAAGAACAACCUGAACGUGACGCCCAAGGUGGGCUGGUCCAUCGAUCCCUUUGGCCACGGCAGCACCGUCCCCUACCUGCUGUCCGGCGCGAACUUCGAGGGUGCCAUCAUCCAAAGGAUCCACUACGCGUGGAAGCAGUGGUUCGCCCGCCAGCAGAUGGGCGACUUUGUGUGGACGCCCUACUGGCGGACAAAGGGAGAGGCCGUAGCCGAGGGGGCAGCAGGCAGCUUGCUCACCCACAACAUGCCCUUUGACAUCUACUCGAUCAAGGGCUCGUGCGGGCCGCAUCCGUUCAUCUGCCUGAACUUCGACUUCCGCAAGAUCCCCGGCGAGUACACCGAGUACUCGGUGAAGGCGCAGUUCAUCACCGACGACAACGUCGAGGAGAAGGCGCAGCUGCUGCUGGAGCAGUACGCGCGCACCGCCUCGCUCUUUCCGCACAACGUGGCCCUCAUCCCGGUGGGCGAUGACUUCCGCUACAACAAGGAGCGCGAGGUGGACCAGCAGUACCAGAACUACAAGAAGCUCAUUGACCACAUCAUGGCCAACAGGCGGCUGUACAACACGGACAUCAAGUUCGGUACGCCCAGCGACUACUUUGCGGCCAUCAGGGAGCGCAUGAAGGGCCGCAGUCCCGGCUUCCCCAGCUUCAAGGGCGACUUCUUCGUGUACUCGGACAUCUUCUCGGAGGGUAGGCCCGCCUACUGGUCGGGCUACUUCACCACGCGACCCUUCUACAAGCUGCUCAGCUCCGAGCUGGAGCACAAUCUGCGCGCCGCCGAGAUACUCUUUACGCUGGCGUACAACACGGCACGCCAGGCGCAGCGGGAGAACGCCAUCAAGAUCGACGAGAAGAACUACGAGCAGAUCAUCCACGCGCGACGCAAUCUGGGUCUGUUCCAGCACCACGACGCCAUCACGGGCACCUCGAAGGCGGCGGUGAUGCGCGACUAUGCCAUGCGGCUGUUCGAGAGCAUCCAGAACAUGGUCAAGAUGCAGGAGUCGUGCAUUGAGCAGCUGCUGCAGCGGGGCCAGCCCCGCCACCAUGGCUUUCUCAUCAGCGAAUUCGAGCGGGACAACUUCAACAAGCUGCCGCGCAAGAUGCCCAUUCAGAUGGUCAGCGGGGAUGACUCCACGACACCCGCAGCAGCAGGAGCAGGAGCAGGAGGAUCAUCCAUUGGCAGCUUUGUUCUGUACAACUCGCUGGCGCAGAAGCGCAUCGAAAUCGUGACACUGCGCGUUCAGCAUCCGAAUGUGAAGAUCCUCAACCAUGAGGGCGUUGAGCUGAAGCACAUCCAGAUCAAUCCCGUGUGGAACAUCACGGACACGUACGACCUGGUGCUGGGAACGACCACCACGGGCACCAUCGGACGCAUUCGCACGAGCACGCGGCAGUACGAGGUGAUGUUCGUGGCCGAGCUGGAGGCCCUGUCCCUCAGCACGUACCGCGUACAGGUGGAUGAGGCCAGCUACAGGCGGAACAUUGCCACCAUCUACUGCGAUGAUUGCCACGAGGCGUCUGCCACAGCGAGCACCGCCACUCCCGCUGGAGCCAGUGGCGCCACAGUGACCGAUUUUGAGGUGCGGGCCAAGCCAGCGGGCGACAUUCAGCUGGAGAAUCCCCAUAUGCGCCUGCUGUUCGAUGAGAAGAGCGGCUUCCUGAAGACCGUCACGCGAAAGAACCAGCGCAAGGAGCUGAUGAAGCCGAUGCAGUGCAACAUCAAGUUUGCCGCCUACCGCAGCGCCCAGUUCCACUCUGGGGCGUACCUCUUCAAGACGGAUCCCGAGCAGAGCGAAGCCGAGAAGGAUGUGCUGGAGGGCUACACCGAUGUGCGCAUCAUCAUCACCUCUGGGCCGAUUGCCAGCGAUGUGACUGUGAUAUAUGGCCCCUUCCUCGCCCACACCGUGCGCAUCUUCAACACGCGAACGCAUCUGGAUGCUGCCAUCUACGUGGAGAAUGACAUUGACUUCGAGCCGCCGCCCAAGAACCGCGAAACGGAGCUCUUCAUGCGCCUCAUCACGAACAUAGACAACAUUGCCGGAGCGCCAAUGCAAAGGGAUCCGCUCAAGGAGCCCACCGAUACGGGCACCAUGCCGGAGCUGCCUGUUUUCUACAGCGAUCAGAAUGGUUUCCAGUACCACGAACGCAUUAAAGUGCCGGCCAUUGGCAUCGAGGGCAACUACUUCCCCAUCACCUCGGGCGCGUUUAUCCAGGACUCGCGGCUGCGGCUCACUCUGCUGACAACCCACGCCCAGGGAGCGGCCAGCUACGAGCCUGGACAACUGGAGGUGAUGCUCGAUAGGCGGACCCUCUACGACGACUACAGGGGCAUGGGCGAGGGCGUGGUCGAUAGUCAUUUGACGCGCCACAAGUUCUGGCUGCUGGUGGAGGACAUGCCGCGUGGCCAGCACGCUGCCAAGCCGCCCGGCUACCAGGUGCCCAGCAGGCAGGGACAGGUGCUGGCCAAUGCGCUCCGAUACCCGCCGAAUCUGUACUUCCUGAGCAGCAUUGAGCAGCCGCUGGCGGGUCUGCAGGCCCAGGUGCGGCUGCUGCCCAAGGGGGCACUGCCCUGCGACGUGCACCUGACCACCCUGCGCACCCUCUCCGACCCGGAGCUGCAGCUGUUUCCGUCCGCCUCCGCGCUGAUGGUCCUCCACAGGCAAGGCUUCGACUGCAGCGUGAGUGCCGUGGGUGGCAGGGAGCUGGGUCUGGACAGCAUCUGUCCGCUCUCGAACGGAGGACUCGGCCCCGUGCAGCUGGGCAAGCUGAGUCUGCACACCAUCGAGGCCACCAGCCUGACGGGGCUGGAGCAGGCGAAGGAGAAGGCCCAGGAGAACUUCCGCAUCCGCUCUCUGGCGGAAGUGAGCCUGCAGCCGAUGGAGCUGCGAACCUUCAACCUCACCUUCAGCGACAGAUCGUGAAUCUCAUCCCUUAAUCUAAAUCGAAAUCUCUUUAUCGUGUAUUUUAUUUAUUUAGUGUAUUGUAUUGAGUUGUGUUGUGGCCCCAGGAAAUCUUAGUUUUAAGCGUAAAGUACGACGACAGUUCUCAGCUUUAUUUCUCUCUCUCUCCAGCAGUUUUUGAAAGUACAAAGCACAUAGAACAUGUAAACCAACUCUCUGAUCCAACUCUCGACUGCCCAGCGCAAUGCAUUCCGUUUUUAGCCAAUUUGCCACCCAUUCUCUCUCUCUCUCUCUACCGUAGAUUCCAGGCACACGCUUUUUAGUGCAAUAAUCCUUGACUAAAGACAGACUAGGCUAGACUAAGGACUAGCCCGAUGAUAGCCGACAAAUAUUUAGAUGCAAAUAUACCUUUAUUAAAUUUAUUUACGUAGCCAGCAAGUUAGAUAAAUUUUAAAUUCGCUUUCGUUUGCCUUCGCAUCGAUUUGUUUAGACUGAUUACUGACUAAAACCAAAACGAAUGCAAAUAUAUGUAUUACGAGCAUAACUACUGUCCUCAAUCGCAUGCACUCUAACCCCUUGAACCCCUUAACCACAUGCAAACUGAAUUGUAAGCCCCAUAGAUAUAAGUUUUAAAUGAGCAACAGAGUAGCAAAGGGAUAAGCCAAAUAUUAAAUUAGCACUACAAUUAGCAAUAUUGUAAAUAGUUGAAUGCAAAUUCAAGGCACGGUCAAAAUAGCUCUAAUAUAUUUACUUUCCGAUAAUCCCCACAUAGGCUUAAGGCCCAUCUCUCUCUAGUGUAACCCCAAAACACCAGAGCUUUUCAAAUAGUUACUACGACGACGACUACCACUUACUUACAUGCAUACUAUGUAGGCGUAAUGCAAGACAUAAAAAUACAUUUAGGAUGCCCAAGACAUAGGAAUAAAUAGAAAGACAAAGGACCGAAAGUACCGAAAGACACGCGGAAAUCAAACGACGAACAUUUAAAACUGAUACAACAAAUGUUUUGAGUAUUUAUUUAUGAAAAACUUAUUACAUUAUAUGUAGUUUUAUGAAUACCAGAUAAUAAAGUAUUAAAUGAAACC